AUGGCGCACAGAAAUAAUAAUGGACACACCGUUCAGAAAGACUUGGGAUCGGAAACCGAUGCGGUGGAAGUGAUCCGCGAAGACGAAAAUGGGAAAUAUUCACGCCACAAAUCGACUCUGGACCAUGAACUCCAGGGGAGAAUGGAACCGGUCUUUGAGACCGGCAUGAAUACCAGUCUGUGGCAGACGUCGGAUUUCUCAGCAUCCACGAUCAUUUUCGCAUCCUCAGCCGCGCUUGAGCGCUGGCAAUCCGCUUCUCGACAACAUCGCCAUUUCUUCCCCGCCGAGUUCCGGCCCGUCGUGUCGAAGGACUUGAACGGCCGGUUUGGGUGUCAGUACCACGAAGAUGCUGCAGGACGGGUUUUCGGACACGACUCGUGGAGCUGCUUCAAAAUCAAGCAAGUCGCGGGCACCCGCAACCCCAUCCGCAUCACCUACCACUGGAUGCAGAUCGCGCUUUUCAUCCGCCUGCGUCUCGAAGGCCAUCUGCGUCGGCCGCUGGUCCUCUUCGUCAACUGUCCCGACGAGCUGAAACGGGGAUUACAGGCUCGUCUGCCCAGCAUCGCGGCGAACAAUCCCUACGCGUGGCACGCGGCCUUUGUCCACGAGACCAAGCAGCUCUACGAUCGCUCCAUCUGGGCUCUGCGCGACCUGGUGCGCGACAUUGAACUGCAACGGAAUGCACCGUUGAAGCGCGAACUGGAUUUCCCUCUUCUGCACGACAUCGGUCGACACAUCAUCCACUCGAACGAGACGCUGGCCGUCGCGACAAACACUGUCGAAAGCAUCAUGAACGACUGCACCAUGUUCUACGACCAAUGUCCAGCGCUGGGCAGCGGGAAUGGAAGUCCAGUUCCAGGCCGGCAGGUCCGGCAACAGCUGUUCCUGGCCUUGCAGGAGUUGCAUGCGCUGAAAGCGCGAUCUGUCUCGCUUAACGAGCGGCUGCAGAAUGAGAUUAAUCUGGCAUUCAACAUCGUCUCCCAGCACAACCACCAAGUCGCCGUCCAGCUAGGGGAGAAUUCGCGGUCCGACAACGCGAUGAUGAAGACGGUGGCCAUCGUCAGCUUGGUCUAUUUGCCAGGGACGUUUGUAUCAGGCCUCUUCGGAAUGAACUUCUUCAACUUCAACCCCAACAACAACAACGGCAACAACGGCAACAACAACGGCUCCGCCUGGGUCGUGGCCGACACCUUCUGGCUGUAUUGGGCCAUCACCGUCCCAUUGACGAUCGCCACGUUGCUCCUGUGGGCGCUGUGGCACUACAAUGGGCGGUUCCGGCGGAUCGUGCGACAGAUGCUGCUGCGAUUACGGAUCCGCCGGGAUGAGGAGGAAGAUGGGUUGGAGGAGGGUCCGAAGGACAGUAUUUGCUAG